AUGCAAACAGGAUGCUGCUGGCGCAGCCUCAAGCAGGAGGGCCCCGUGAUGUACCUCACCGUCUCAUCGGACGGAAGGUAUCUUCUAACGGCGGCAUAUGAUGGUGUCGCUGCACUGUGGUGUGUGGCCAAAGGAGAAGCCAUCCGAGAAUUGCGUGGAAAAGAGGGCGGCCUCUACACAGCGGUGUUCUCACCAAACGGCCAGUCUGUGCUGCAGCUUGACUGCGUCGGCCGAUGGAGCUGCGUGUUUGUGGAGAUGGAAGACGAGGUUCUGCUUUCCACUCGACUGUCUGCUGUGCAGCAGGUGCAAUGGCUACUGAGCGGACAUGACGGCAGCUAUAUGCGCUCGGCGACAUUCUCGCCCGAUGGCAAGCAAAUCGUCACAGCCUCCGCGGACUGUUCGCUGCGAAUUUGGCAGCUGAACAAAUUGGACGAGUCCAGAGUGGCGUGUUUGCAGCUGACUACUGCUAGUGGCGCUGCGCAUGCUUACAUGUGCAAUGCAGCCACUAGCAGAUUUACGUCGUGCGAAUCUGAGGCACCAUUUCUUCUCAGAGUGCUAGAGGGCCACUAUGGCUGGGCAAGCGAUCAGAUCUUGUCGGCGGCUGCCGACAAAACAGCUAAGCUAUGGGUGGGUCGGCGCGGGGACUAUGGACUUCAAAGCUCCGUCCCUCAACACGAUUCUGGCGUUUCGGAUUGUUCCCCGGGAACCAUGGGCUGCGGAACGUCGACUGAAUUAGAUUUUUCGACAGUCGACACCCGACCGCAACAGCUUCGCAUACUGGUCAACGCUUCGAAGGGCCUUGGCGAGAUUCGCAGAGGCCAAGAUGUCGUGAUACGCCGGGGAAGCAGGAUCGCCCACUGGUUGGCUCCACCGCAGUGCCAGUCCUUUGCUCGUUGCACCUGGAGCUUCCCAUCGGAACCAACAUAUUGCGCCGCAAAAGAGAGCAAGGUACCUGAGUGUGCUGAAAGCAGGCAAGGGGUGCUGUCUGCUUUGCACCAGUGCUUGGGAGCUGCAAAUGGGCCCUCCCAGUCUGCCGAGCUGCACAUCGGCAGCUACCUCGGCCGCCAUGGUGGCCCAACGCGGAUCAACCUUGGGAAGGCGCAACUUCCGCUGCACGAACGCGCGAUUUCCCUCAUGCAAGGCAUUCAGCUCGGUGGGGUUGCAGUGGUGCUCCAGCCAAACAAGAGCCAUCUUGCGCUGAGUACGCUUUCUGAACAUGUCUUGGCCUUGCAUCAGCCCAGCUACAAUCUCAUUUUCAGCACAAGUGCCACUGUCUUCGCGACUCCCCGGACCACUGCCGCCUCAUUUCUACCCCUACGUCAUCCCACGGCGGAGACUGGCUCGGGUGCAGUGAGGCCACUGGGCCUACGUGAGAUCGGCAGUUUUCAGCCCACAGCAGACCAUGAUCCUGACAGCUUCAGCAACUUAGACUGGAUUCACAGCAGAUUGGACGGCAAAGCUUUGGAACUCGCAGACGGCUGGUUGUUUACAGACCUUCACAGGUUAGCUGAAACAGAAAAUUGCUUUCAGAGUGUGGCCAUCGAGAGUUGCGCAUUGCAGGAACACCUCACCUACAUCGAAUCGCAGAUAUCACAUAACUAUGACGUAAGCAAGAGUGCUUCUGAACUUUUAAAGAAGGUUCCACAGCACGCGAUACCCUGGAACCUGGUUGGGGGCGGAGCUGACUUGCCACUGGAGGUUCCCAGGCAGUCGAGAAAUGGCCUCGAACUGGAACUGGCUGUGCCUGAAGACACGGACAUGCAGCAGCUCACAGAUCUAGUAGACGAGAGCUUCCAACGAGCCAUCCAAGCCAGGAUGGUUGACGGCGGCGGCCCGCUGGGCGACUUGUGGAAUGGCUGGGUUUCCCUCAGCGAGCGGCAGAUGACCCUGGGGGCGAUGCGAAAGCGCCUUGCCGGGCUUCUCGCCUCGCCCAGCUUAAGGCGGCCUUCCAACGACGAGUGGAACCUGGGAGUUCUGCUGCGUGAGAAAGGGGCGGAGAAGCCACCGAUCGGCUACUUCGAGAUUUGCAUGCAAAAGCCUGAGGGCAUCGGCAGGCGCAGCGCAGCGCUGGAGCCAUACCUCAAGAACUUGUGUGUGUCCAAGGCUUACCGAAGACGUGGUCUUGGCAAGAAGCUGCUGAAUUUGGUGGAAGAGUUUUGCAGGACGACCUGGCAAGGCAGCACACUUUAUCUGCACACCGACGAUGAUGCAGCAGCCUUUAAUUUGUACAACAACACCGGCUACACGGUGAGGAAGCGAGAGAAGGAUGGUGAAGGUGUGAGCCUCUACAUGUUCAAACGCCUGGACUAG